AUGUCUCGAAAGCACCACUCACAUGGUCACCAUAUCAAUCUCUUCACACCCGGGCUGCCCCCUCAAACCCUAACACCGCAUGCAUACAUCAAUCUCCCAGACAAAGAGGCUCUCGUUUCUGAAUUUAGAGGAAAAUCCCUUACUCAUUUACGGACACCGGCACUCGUAAUCGACCGAGCAACAUUUGCAGAAAACUGUGCUCGGAUGCACCAGAGAGCCCUCAAGUUAGGCACCGGGUUUCGCGCACAUGUGAAAACGCACAAGACUGCUGAAGGCAUCCGUCUGCAACUCAAGUCGUCCGCUUCGGAGACUCAUUCUGUCGUCGUUUCCACUCUUACGGAGGCUUGGGGUAUCUUGCAUGCCGGGCUCGUUGCGGAUGGCACUGUCAACGAUAUUUUGUACGGUCUUCCGAUAUCACCGGCGAAAAUAGCAGACCUCCACAUGUUCCGAACGGCUUUAUCCACCUACGGGGCCGUCCUUCGACUAAUGGUAGACCACCCAUACCAAGUCCGAGCUCUGGAAGCCUUCGAUCGCGAGCACCCGACCACAAACCCAUCACUCUCACGAUGGAACAUAUUUAUCAAGCUAGACGUUGGCACAAACCCAUCGUCCAGACGAGCAGGUGUAACACCACUCUCUACAGAACUCAACGGACUCCUGGAUACGUGUAUUCCUUCCGCCUCUGUCUCUGUCCACGGGUUCUAUGCGCACGCAGGCCACUCGUACGCAUCGACAUCCCAAGAUCAAGCCGCUUCGAACUUGCACACAGAGUUGUCAGCUGUAAAUGCCGCGGCGGGGCAAGCGAUUCCCAAAUACCACGCACACGGAUUACCUGAGCCGGCGUUUGUACUCUCGGUAGGCGCAACGCCCACCGCGCACGCCGUGUCGGGGGAUAACAUCCAAGUUCCUAACCCACUGAACGGUGCAAUCGAACUACAUGCCGGAAAUUACCCUAUGUUGGAUUCUCAGCAAUUGGCGACUAACUUGGUCAGGGACGAAGACGUAUCUCAACGCGUUCUUGCAAGUAUUGCGUCUUACUAUACGGGUCGUGGGGAUGGCGAUGAAGCCAUGUGCGAUGUCGGUGCAAUUGGCAUGAGCAAGGAUAGCGGGCCAAUCCCUGGGUUUGGAAAGGUGGUGAACAUUUUGCGAGAAGGCGAAAGGAUCGUAUGGAGGCCGCGGGAAACGGGAUGGACGCUUGGGAGGAUUAGCCAAGAACAUGGUAUACUAACCAGAACCAACAAGUGUGCCCCGGAGGAAGAGCAUGAUAUCCUGAGGCUUGGGGAUGUAGUGGCGAUCGUCGGCCAACAUGCCUGCCUUACCGCAGCCGGACACCCGUGGUACUACAUUGUCGACUCAAAGGACGAGAGUAAGGGUAGCAAAGUCGUCGAUGUCUGGGUUCCUUGGAAAGGCUGGUAA